AUGCCUUGGGGGCAUACCACAACACGAGCGAGGGUUACAAAAAUAGCAUUGGGAGCUUCGCAAAAGGGGAACCCGGAGAACCCCGCCAAGUGUAGCACCCCGGGGGGGGAUUCCUACAUCGAGGAGAAGCGCCCUGCCAAUAAUCCCUGCAUCGAGGAGAAGCACCCUGCCAAUGUGCCGAGUCGUGAUCGCGAAAAGGUUGCAGAACAAACGGAGGAGGUCUACUUCGUUAGCACCCCGGUGUACUACGCAAAUGACAAGCCUCACAUAGGACAUGCAUACUGCAACGUUUUGAGUGACAUCAUAUGCCGCUUCGCCAAAUGGGAAUGCACAGAGGAAAGAAACCGUGGAAGAAGGGUUAUUCUCUUUUCCGGAAUGGAUGAGCACGGAUUAAAAAUUGAACGAAAAUCUCAGAACCUGAAAAUCUCCAGCACGGAGCAUGUCAACCAUAUGAGUAGCUAUUACCAAAUGAUGAACAAAAAAUUACAUGUACAUGUUAAUAUAUUUUAUAGGACAACUAGCCAAUUUCACAAAAGCUUUGUGCAACAGGUUUGGAAAUAUUUAGCACAAAAUGGCUACAUAUACAAAGGAGCUUAUAGAGGGUACUACGAUGUAAAUGAAGAAAAGUAUCUUAACGAAUUUGAUGAAGAGGUUAUAUACCCCUCCUAUCUACAGAAGGAGAUGCUCCAUUUUGUCAAUCACGAACUGAAGGAUGUAUGCAUAAGUAGGUACAACACACAGUGGGGAAUCAAAAUUCCUGGUGAAGAAAAAGGGACCAUCUAUGUCUGGUUCGAUGCGCUCCUGUCGUAUGUAUCCUCAGUGUUGUACAUGGUGAAGAAGAAGCAACUACGUACGGGAAGUGACUCCUCUGCUAUUCAUUCCCCACGAGGUGGUGACACAUCUCACAGGGAAAAAUCGAGUGGGUCUCCACGUUCUCCUCCCUCGCACGAAGUGGAGGGUGACAAAGUGGAGGGUGAUGAAGUCGAUAACGACGAAAUGGAGAGUGACGAAAUGGAGAGCGACAAAGCGGAUAGCGACAAAGCGGAUAGCGACGAACUUGUUUGCUCCUAUGAAGAUAUCUUGAGCAUAGUCGGCUUGGAGAAUUCCCGCCACAAGGAGAGGGAUCCCCGCAUGAGUAAUCAGGAACCCCCAUAUGAUAUGAUUCCCACAGAUGACACCCUUUCUAGGCUCUUCCAAAAGGCAUGGAAUCCCCAAGUACAGGUAAUAGGAAAGGAUAUCCUCAAAUUCCAUGGCGUGCUUUACAUCUGCCUGUUGCAAAGUCUUCACUUAAAAUUGCCACAAAAAAUAUUAUGUCAUGGAUUGAUAAAAAACGAAAAUGUGAAAAUGUCCAAAACGAUAGGAAAUGUAAUAAGCCCAUUUGAGAUUGUACAAAAAUAUAACUCAGAUAUUGUUCGAUUAUACUUCUUUGGCUGUGCUAAUAUUUUUGAGGACAAAAAUUUUAAGAAAGAACACCUUGAAUCGUUCCAACUGUUUAUGCGAAAUAAUGUCGGAAAUUUAAUAUACCGAGUUGUGUCCCUCUGUAUGGAUAAUAAUUACAUGCAUAUUUUUUUGCAAGAUGGGAAAACCGAUUUUUUAGAGUCUCCCAUUUUGAGUCAAUGUUCAGAAAUCAAACAGAAGUUAUUAACCCUAAUUCAUAAUAGGGAGUUUGCUCUCUUUUUGGAAAAUUUAAUGACGCUGAUAAAACAGGUGAACAAAUUUUUCGUCCAUCGGGAGCCCUGGAAGUGUAUUGAUGAUUCUGUCCGUUUUAAUCGAAUAAUUUAUGAGACCCUGGAGGGUAUAAAAUUUGUUUCCGUUUUUUUGUAUCCCAUUAUGCCGCAAACCUGUUCGUCUAUUUUGCGCAACAUUGGCUUGGACGUCUCCCCUGCGAGUGGGGCUUCCUUGGGCAUGUUGGCGGAGCCAACGCGCGAGUUCGCCCUGCGCGAUUUGAUUAAGAUUGUGUGA